GCAGCAUCCCCUCCCUGCUGCAGGGAUGCAGCAGCACCAGGGCAGAGCUGCCCCCGCGGGUCGGGCUGCGCCGAGCCCGGCGGGGUUCGGGCACCGCAAGGACGAGCCCAGCCGGCACGUCCGGCCCCUGCCGCUGCCCCCCGUGCAGCAGAACCUGAAUUAUUACCCGCAGAUCUUCUGGGUGGAUGGCUGUGCCGAUGCAGGGGCUCCCUGCCCCCCGGCUCCUCCCGUGGCUCCUUUCCCACCGCCGGUUCCCGACAGGAGGAGAAAACCGCGGAGCGGCGGGGAAAGGAGGAGCGUGGGAUCGCUCGUGAUGUUCCUGCUGAUCCUGGUGGCUUUCACGGGAGUGGGGCUGAGCAUAUUCAAGAUUUUUCACCUGGAGAAGGAGGUGGAUGAACUCAGAGAGUCUGCCAGCGCUGAGCUCAUCCCUCCAGCCUCUCAGAAACUCACGGGUGAGUCUCAGCCCCUGAGAAAGGAGCCCAGGAAGGCAGCACAUCUAACAGGCACCCCAUCCCAGCAGGACCUCCCUCUGGAGUGGGAGCCCAUCUCUGGCCAUGCCUACAUCGGGGGCAUCCAGUACCAGGAGCGGGGGCUGCUCAUCAGCGAGCCGGGGCUGUACUUUGUGUACUCCAAGGUGCUGUUCCGAGGCAGUGCCUGUGACAGCCAGCUCCUGUCCCACGUCGUGUACAAGAGGAACCCGGCCUCCCCCGGCAGCCUGGUGCUCAUGGAGGACACAGCCACCCACUUCUGCACGGGCCAGAGGGCCUGGGCCAGGAACAGCUACCUGGGGGCUCUCUUCAAGCUCAGGAGGAUGGACAGCCUGCAUGUCAACGUCUCCAAAAUCGCCCUGGUUAGCUUCGAGGAGUCCAAGACUUUCUUUGGCUUGUUUAAGCUUUGAGAUGGAGUUUAAAAGGCAGCCCCUUCACACACACACACACACAGUGGUGCCAUAAAACCCAGCCAGGAACCGUGUUUGGGCUUCAGCACGAGGGCAUUCAAGCAGCUGCUGCACCAGCCUGAGCAGAAUUGCACAUCCUGUCCUCACAGAAACCCCUGACAAACCCAGAGUGUGGUGUGCUGAAGAGCUGCCUGCUGAGAAGAUGCUGCUGCCCGUGGUGUCACAGCCCUGCUGGGAGGUGUCUGACAGUGCUGUGGGCAUGACAAGUGGAACCUGCUGCUCCCCCCAAGCCAUGGCUGCCCCCCUGCCCAGCACUGUGACUGCUGCAGCACAGGCACUUCCCUCUGGCUGGGCCUGGGAUAGGUGCUGUGCUCACUUUGUGUUAAGUUAUGGACCCUUCCCAUCCCAGAAGAUGCUCCCCAACCACUUUAUUUAACUCAUCCCAAGUGCCUUGCAAGGAACUCACCAGCAGUGCCACGAGGACUGUCUGUCCCAACUAAUGCUAAACCAGCACAGUGUCCCAGAAGUGACAAUUUCCAAGCAGCAGUGGGGCUCGAGGUGAAAGCAGCACCUCCAGCCCCCUCCUGCCCUUUCAGCACACAUGGAGGGUUCUCCAUGGUCUGCCUCCCCUCUCCUGGUGCAGGUGGUGACAAUCCAUUGCUUCCAUGCCAUGAGAUGUUCUGCCCUCAGGAAAACACAGAUGACAAAUAUAUAUUUUUCUAGUGAAUGGUGCUGUCCUCUCCUCAUUUGGUGCUUCUGGGCCUCUGUGACCAGGGGUCAGUGCCUCAUUCUUCCUCCAGCAGCGUGGCAGGAAUCUGGGAGCCCCAUCCCUCUCUGCUUGGAAGUGUGCAGGGCCCUUUCCAUGAGGAUUUGGAGCUCCAGCACCAGAACAUCAGGGGAGGUGUGGUGUGGGCAGCACAGACCACUUUGGCCAUCAGGAAGGGGCUGAUCUCAAACCUCAGUUUAGAGCCAGCACUUGUGGCUGAGCAGAAGUGCUGCUGUCCCCAAAGGCAUCACCAGAGUGACCUCUGGCCCCAGGAACACUUCUCACAGAGGGGUCUGAAGGGCAAGGAAACAAAGUGGUGUUAAAAAAACCAAACCAAAUUCUAUUUGUUCAUGCUGGUGCCAGCUCCACGGGGUUCCAGCCCUGGGGCUGCCACUGGCACUGGCACCAGGCAGGGCACAAAGGAUGCA